AUGCUUCUCCGUCUGCCGCCCGGCCUGCAUUAUCCAAUCACCAUCACCUCACUGCUAAAGGCACCUGGUGAUGAGGUGCAGACCAACGAGGCUUUGUUUUGGUAUGUUUAUCACUCAGAAGUUGAGGAGGGUGAUGGCAUAGGGAACAUCAUCAAGAAACAGCGCAAGUUCCCAACUCGAUUCGAGUCGACCGUUGAUGGCGAGAUUGUGGCAUGGAAUAUCUCUAAAGGCGAUAUCAUUGAUCGACCGAUUGAUGUUGUUGAGAUAAAUGAACCAUGUGCCCAUGAGGUGCAAUUUGGUGGGAUGUGCGCAGAGUGUGGAAAGGAUAUGACCGAAGCUUCAUACAAUACCGAGAUUAUGGAUUCCUUCCGUGCUCCAAUCCAGAUGUCUCAUGACAACACAACCCUGACGGUCAGUCAAAGGGAAGCUACUCGUGUUGAGGAGGACGCCAAGCGUCGCCUGUUGGCAUCUCGGCGUCUCUCGCUUGUAGUGGAUCUUGACCAGACCAUCAUCCAUGCUACCGUUGAUCCUACCGUUGGAGAAUGGAAAGAGGACAAGGAUAAUCCGAAUUACGACGCAUUAAAGGGUGUUAGACAAUUUCGCUUAGUUGAUGAUGGCCCGGGAAUGCGCGGCUGUUGGUACUAUAUCAAGCUGCGGCCAGGGCUCGAGGAUUUCUUGCAGAAUGUUGCUGAGCUCUAUGAACUACACAUCUACACCAUGGGUACUCGCGCAUAUGCACAACAUAUUGCCGAUAUAGUUGACCCAACAAGGAAACUUUUUGGAGACCGUAUUCUCAGCCGUGAUGAAAGUGGAAGUCUGACAGCGAAAAACCUACAGCGCCUGUUCCCAGUUGACACAAAGAUGGUUGUCAUUAUUGAUGACCGUGGUGAUGUGUGGCGCUGGAACCCCAAUCUCAUCAAGGUCUCUCCCUAUGACUUCUUCGUCGGGAUUGGUGACAUCAAUUCUAGCUUCUUGCCUAAGAAACAAGAGAUUGGUGAGACCCAAAAUACGGUUGCGAAAGUUGAUAAACCGGAAGCUACGGGGCAGAAUGGUAUUGUCCCAACCGAAAAGUCAGCGGAUGGGAGUGAGGUCUCCGCAUUAGAGCAACUAGUGACAAUGGGAGGUGGUGACAAUCCAAGAUUGCUGCAGGAGCAAACAAAUGCUCAAGAAGAGACCAUAUUGCAUCAGGUGGAAGACCGGCCGUUGCUGCAAAAACAGAAAGAAUUAGAUGCCGAGGAUGAUGCGAGUGCCGAGAGCAGUGAGUCAUCAACACUCAGCUUUGAUUCCCAAGAAGGCAAGCCUCGACAUCAUCUACUUGAAGAUCAUGAUCGAGAGCUCUUCCAACUCCAAGAUCGCCUGGAGCAAGUUCAUCUCCAGUUCUUUGACGAGUACGAUAAGAGGCGCAGCAGCGCAUUGGGAGGCCGAGUAGCGGUCUUGCGGGGUGAAAGGGCCCCGUCAAAAGACAAGGAUGUGGACCUUAAGUUGGUUCCUGAUGUCAAGGAUAUUAUGCCCCGAAUUAAGGCACAGAUUCUCGGUGGAGUGGUCAUGGUUUUCUCAGGUGUACUCCCCCUCGGAACAGACACACAGAAUGCUGAUAUCUCCCUCUGGGCCAAGACAUUCGGUAUCGUCAUUUCUCCGAAUAUUACCAUGCGUACCACUCACCUUGUCGCUGGCCGAAAUCGGACCGCGAAAGUACGACAAGCCACAAGAUAUCCUGGCGUCAAGAUCGUCACAACGCAGUGGCUUGUGGAUUGCUUGACAAGCUGGAGGCGUCUUGAUGAGGAGCCCUAUUUGCUCCCCGUUCAUCCCGAGGAUCGUGGUGAGCCCCUCUCCCCCGGCUCGCAAGAACUCGCCGAGAGCGCCUGGCUCUCAUCCUCGGAUGAGGCGUCGGGACCAUUCUGGACUGGCGAGGAUGGGAGUUCAGACGCAUCACUACUAUUCCCAGAUGCCGCAUUGGAUGAGGCUUCCCACAUUGGUUACGAUGAAGACGAACAAGCUGCUGUCCAUGAUGAACUCAGGGAGUUCCUCGGUAGUGACGAUGAAAGCGAAAGCGACAACGAGGCUUGGGCAAAUGAAGGGACCGAUGAGGCGGCUGGAGGCGGCACGAAACGGAAGCGCGAAUUUGGAUCUGAUGGCCAGGCCGAUGAUGAUUCUGCCGAAGACGAGGAGGGCGAUUCUGAUCAGAAAGGCUCGCGCCUCUCGCAGCGCAUCAAGCGUGCAUACAAACGAGGCACUGGUCUCCGAGAAGUUGCAAGUGCUGCUCCAACUGAUUCCGAUGACUCUCGUAUGACACUGCAGGCGGGCGAAGAAGAGCAGGAUGUCGACAGAGCGGAUACGAACCCAGAUGAAGAUGAUGGGUAUCCCGAGAAUCCAGACGAAGAUGAUGACGAUCUGGAGCGAGAAAUGCUAGCGGCAUUUGAGGACAACGAUAGCGUUGCAGAGGAAGGAGAGGAGGACAUGAUUGAAGAUUAA